GCAUUCGCAGCCGGACGUCAGCGGAGAAGGAGCUGGGCCUGGGAACCUUAAGCAGCUGAAGGCCGGCGGGGGCAGCCGAGGCCUCCGAAGACAAGAGGACUCCUUAUUCCCCCCCCUUUUUUCCCCCUCACCCUUCCCCACUUCCCUCGCCCUGAAAUAUCGCUCCCUUGGAGGCACCUACCAGCUGCGAUUGGGCCUUCAUUUCGCUGUUAACCUCUUUUAAACGGUUGUCUUAGCUAGGCAUUUUUGGGGUGGGGGCCGCUCUGGCGACCCCACAAGCGAAUGAGGAAGGGGGUGAGGAUGUAAAACGGCCAUAGGGAGCGACCCCUGAAGGGGUGGGUGUCGAACACCUCCCCAUUCCCUAUUAUUCCUUAUUAUUGAUCUCUCCCCUCCCCUGUAAUGUCCUCCUAGAAAGCUCUUUAUGUUUCCCCCUUUGAAAAGGCUUUUAACCCCGCAUUUAUUCCUUAUUCCCACGUGAUAUCCCCACUGUCUUUCCACUCAGGGAUAUUGCUUUCCCUCCCUCUUUGUAGAUAUUUUCCAUCUUUGUAGAUAUUUUCCAUUUCUCAUCCUGUAUAGGGAAUCAUCGUCGUUUUCGAGGUUUCAAGCCCCCUCACCGUUUUAUUUAGGGAGAUUAUUCCUCCCCACUUGCCAGCCUCCAUCACUUUUAAUUAAUCAUUGAACAUUCACCAAAAUCCCAUUGAAGGGACACCGUCUUUUUUUUAUAUCCCAGUUUUAAAGGUUUUUGACAUUGCAUCUUCCAUCCAGCUGCCUUGGUUUUAUUGACAGCCCCCCUCCCAAAAAUCUGUCCACCUGCCUUAGAUCAGCCUCCUUUUGUCUUUGAUACUGAACCCCAGACCCCCUUCUCCCCCCUCCCGAAUCCCUUUUUUCUGGCUAAAAGGUGCUAUAACCCACCCACCUCGACACACCGGAGAGCCUUAAGAAACAAAAGCUACCCUUGCUUAGUAACCACUUGCAUCAAAAACCCCAUUCCCCUGUCUUCUUACCCCCCCCCACUGCUGAAAGGGACCUUGAACCGUCAUCUGUGCCUUUUGUGCCUAUUUAAAAAAAGGCUUGCCUCCCUCCCCCCAAACCCCACCUGCAGCCUGUCAUCCUUUCUUCCCCAUGCCCGAGAAAUCCCAUUGCCUCUGGGAAGCUGGACCUGCUAGCCAGUAUCCCCCCACCCCUUUUGCCUGGGGGGAGGCAGCCAGCUUGCCCCUCUCCACCCAAUAUGUGGGCAGCUGCCCACUUUCUUUGGGGGCGAUGGACGGAGCCCUCCUUCCUGCCCCCUGCUUUUCCCCAUCAUUUUUGCUGAUGUGAGUUCAUUGUAGCUGGCUGGGGCUGCCCCUCGCCCGGUCCCCCCAUUCCUCUCCCUUUGAUCCUUCCCCCCCUCCUCAGAAAAGCAAAACCCCUUGGGCUUCAUGCCCCCUUGAAGAGAAUGGAAGUGGUGGGCGAUUUUGAAUACAGUAAGAAGGACCUCAUAGGACAUGGUGCUUUUGCUGUGGUCUUCAAAGGGCGCCACCGCAAGAAAACUGACUGGGAAGUGGCUAUUAAAAGCAUCAACAAGAAGAACUUGUCUAAGUCGCAGCUCCUGCUUGGGAAGGAGAUAAAAAUUUUAAAGGAGCUUCAGCAUGAAAACAUUGUCGCUCUGUAUGAUGUGCAGGAGCUGCCCAACUCUGUCUUUCUGGUAAUGGAGUACUGCAAUGGGGGAGACCUGGCGGAUUAUUUACAAGCCAAAGGGACUCUGAGCGAAGACACGAUCCGUGUGUUCCUGCAGCAGAUUGCGGCCGCCAUGCGGAUCCUUCACAGCAAAGGGAUCAUCCACCGGGACCUCAAGCCCCAGAACAUCCUGCUGUCGUACGCGAAUCGCAGGAAGUCGAGCAUCAGCGGCAUACGCGUCAAGAUAGCUGACUUUGGAUUUGCCCGUUACCUUCAGAGCAACAUGAUGGCCGCCACCCUCUGCGGCUCCCCCAUGUACAUGGCUCCCGAAGUGAUCAUGUCACAGCACUACGAUGCCAAAGCAGACCUGUGGAGCAUCGGGACGGUGAUCUAUCAGUGCCUGGUGGGAAAGCCGCCCUUCCAGGCCAACAGUCCUCAAGAUCUAAGGAUGUUCUAUGAAAAGAAUAGGAACCUAAUCCCCAGCAUCCCUAGGGAAACGUCCACUUAUUUGGCUGACCUGCUGUUGGGUUUGCUCCAGCGAAACCAGAAAGAUAGAAUGGACUUUGAUGCCUUCUUCAACCACCCAUUCCUUGAUCAGGUUUCAACCGUCAAGAAGUCUUGUCCUGUGCCCGUGCCGGCCUACACUGGCUCCGUGUCUGGCAGCUGCUGUGGCAGUUCUCCCUCCUGCCACUUUGCCUCUCCCCCUUCUCUCCCGGACAUGCCGCCCCUUCCCGAGGACACCCUUUCGUCCCCUCCACUGGGGCCACCGAACUACCUGCAGGUCUCGAAGGACUCGGCCAGCACCAGCAGCAAAAACUCCUCCUGCGACGCGGAGGACUUCGUCCUGGUGCCCCACAACAUCGCCGCCGACCCAUCCUACGACAUGCCUUUGGCGACAGCCGGGCGGCGGGCCUCGAGCGAGUUCCUGAUCUGCGGAGGACCAUCUCCGUUAGCGAUUUCGGGGAGCUCUGGCGUUUUUCAGAAGCCUUCCUCAAACUCCUCCAGAAGUAGCUCUUCUGGUUCAGCCGACAGGCAGUGCCAGCCCUCGGUCUCUCCCCGCAGCGAGACGGCCCCCAUCCCGGUGCCCACGCAGAGACGCAACUACCAGCGGAUCGAACAGAACCUGACCUCAGCUGCCGCCAGUGCCAGCCCCGGAACGAACCCCCACGGCUCCCCGAGGUCCCCCGCCGUGAGGCGCUCCAGUACCAGCCCCUUGGGCUUCCCGAAGACCGGCUCCUCUUCUCCGGUGCCAGCUGAGACGGCGCAGGGCAUGGGGCGCCGACUGUCCACGGGGUCUUCGAGGCCGUAUUCCCCUUCGCCACUAGCUGGCAUCAUACCUGAGCAGCUCGGGCACUGCUGUUGCGGGCAGCGGCAAGGCCACGAAUCCAGGAGCCGGAACGCCUCAGGCCCCCUGGCUGCCCCCCAGUCCCAGUCCCCGCAGUCCCUGCUGAUGGUGGGGGCCCAGCUCCAGAACACCCCGACGACCCUGACGGACAUCUAUCAGAACAAGCAGAAGCUUCUCCGGAAGCAGCACUCAGACCCCGUCUGCCCUUCCUACGCCGGCUACAGCUACAGCCACUCCCCGCAGCCCCCGCGGCCGGUCAGCCUGGGCACCUCGCCCACUAAGCACCCGGGCACCUCGCCGCGCGGCUCGGACUGGCUCUUCAAAACCCCUCUGCCCACCAUCAUCGGCUCCCCGACAAAGGCCACGGCUCCUUUUAAGAUCCCGAAAACCCAGGCGUCUUCGAACUUGGUGGGCCUGGUCAGUCGCCAAGGGGCAGCCGAUGGCCUGCUGGCACCCCAGGCCAAAGAGGUGGGCAACGCCAGGGAAUUCUCUCCCUUCCACGCCACCCAGGCGAGUGAGCGGUUGCCAGCAGACCCCCACGGCAAGACGGUGUUCGGCAGAUCGGUGAGCACCGGCAAGCUGUCCGAUCAGCCGGGGAAGGCAGCUCUCGGUGGCCAGCAUUAUCAGGGCAGCACAGACAGCCUUAACACGGAGCGACCCAUGGAUACGGCACCACCGGGGGCCUGCGGACUCACGACGGCACCUCCGUGCUUGGGCGCCGGAACCGGCUCGAGGGCGGUGAUGUUCACGGUUGGAUCCCCUCCAAACAGCGCCACCCCUCCCGCGUGUGCCCACAUGGUCCUCCGGGCACGCACGACGUCGGUCGGCUCCAACAGUUCAGGGGGUUCCCUGUGCUCUACCAGCGGCCGCGUCCUCAUCGGCUCGCCUCCGGGGAUCUACGUGGGUUCCUCUCCGCCUGGAGCCGAUGCAGCGCCGUGCCUGAAGUACAUGCCUUACGGCGCUUCGCCUCCCAGCUUGGAGGGGUUCAUCACUUUCGAAGCUCCUGAACUGCCGGAAGAAACGUUGAUGGAGAGGGAGCACACCGACACCCUGCACCACCUGAACCUGAUGCUGGCCUUCACGGAGUGCGUGCUGGACCUGACCGCCCUCCGGAGUGGGAACCCGGAUCUGUGCGCCUCGGCCGUGUCCCUCUACCAGAUCCAGGAGAGCGUGGUGGUGGAUCAGAUCAGCCAGCUGAGCAAAGAGUGGGGACAAGUGGAGCAGCUGGUUUUGUACAUGAAAGCGGCCCAGUUGUUAGCUUCCUCCCUGCACCUCGCUAAAGCCCAGAUCAAGUCAGCCAAGCUGAACCUCUCGACGGCAGUGAAGCAAGUGGUCAAAAACAUGAACGAGCGGUACAAGUUCUGCAUCGGCAUGUGCAAGAAGCUGACAGAAAAACUCAACCGGUUCUUCUCGGACAAGCAGCGGUUCGUCGACGAGAUCAACAGCGUCACGGCCGAGAAGCUGAUCUACGGCUGCGCCGUGGAGAUGGUACAAGCAGCCGCCCUGGACGAGAUGUUCCAGCAGACGGAAGACAUUGUCUACCGCUACCACAAAGCUUCCCUCUUGCUGGAAGGCCUGGCCAAGAUCUUGCAGGACCCGGCCGAUAUUGAAAACGUUAACAAGUACAAAGCCAGUAUCGACCGAAGGCUCUUGGCCCUUUGCUGCAGCGCCGUGACCGUUUACGAGCAGUAGCCGGAUCUCCUGGGACUAAUCGGCGGAGGCUCUGCUCGCGGCUACACGAUCAGGUCGUCCUUGCCUCGAGCCCUAGCAGUGGCUGGCUUGUACGUGGCUGUUGGUGGUCAACCAAAGAAAAAAAGAAAACGCCGUCAGUUCCCGGAGUCGGAGGAGAAAUCCCGAAGUAACGUUGGCGGACACUUUGCCUUACCGCGGCUCAUACCUUGCCCUCAACUCUUUUGUCCAGCUCGGUUAGGAAAGAAACUUGAUCUGCGGAAGGACAGAGAAGGGCUCCUCUUUUUUUAAAGCUCAUAUUCCUUACGAGAGAGUGGCACAAAAAAAAAACCCCACAAACUUUAGAUCGUUAGUCAUAAUCCAGCUCAGAUCGCAUCCCGUUCUGGGCAGAAAAGAUGCCCUUCUGGUACCCAUCCAUGGAUCGAAGAUGAGACGAAUCUUCAACCAUAAACCUGUGUUUUGGGAGCCAUCAGGAUUCGGACCUGAGUUUUGUAAAUACUGAACACCACUCCUGGUUCCCUCAGGAAAAACAAAAAACAAAAGAAGUGCACCUUUAAAAAUACGCAAGAGAAGGACGGACGUGGGAUUUUUUUAAAUUGAGUGUAUUCAGAAAAGGGGGCAUUAUUUCAAGCUUCCCGAAACAAAUGUGACCAUUAUUGUCUGUAUAAAAACCCACUGUAUUUUUUUUUCCUCCUUCUUCCUGGGCCUUCCACCACUUUAUAUUGCACUAAUAUACUGCAUUGACUGUGUACUCGUUCUUUUUUCUUCUUCUUUUUAAAGAGAAGGGCAAAAAAAUAACCACACACCCUAAUUUCCAGGAUGCAGAAAAAAGGCACAAGAAUGAACUCUUCUUGGGGAGAAGGGAGAAAAAAAACA